AUGGAGGAUGAGACGGUGGCAGCGGCGGGGGGGACGCGGCACCCGGUGUACAGAGGGGUGAGAAAGCGGCGGUGGGGGAGGUGGGUGACGGAGAUAAGAGAACCCAGAAAGAAGUCGAGGAUUUGGCUCGGUUCCUUCCCCACGCCGGAGAUGGCGGCGCGAGCCUACGACGUGGCGGCGCUCUGCUUGAAGGGAAGGAAGGCUCUCCUCAACUUCCCCCACCUCGCCGACGUCCUCCCCCGGCCAUCCUCCGCCAUGCCGAGGGACAUACAGGCGGCGGCGGCGUUGGCCGCCGCCACCGCGGCGGUCGCCGGCGAUGGGGCUCUGACGAUGUCUCCGUCUUCCUCUUCGGGUGAAAUAAUGAGCGGGGAAGAGGAUAUAUGGGGGGAGAUAGGGGAUCUGCCGGAGCUGGAGAUAGAAGGACGUUCGGAGAUGUCGAGGAGGAACUGGUCUUCCAUGUUCUGGGGACACGGCGAGAGCAAGGGCGUAUUCAUUGACAGCAGCCCGGGAAUUGGUGUCUCGAGGAUUGCCACGGCGUUGAAUGCGCAGGUCUACGGCGAGGAACGGGGUAAAUUCAACAACGCUGCCGUCCGUGCGGACGAAAUGCAGUGCUGA